AUGGCAUGGAAACAAAUCGAGGCCACCGGGCCUCACUUGACCUACAUGGUUCUCUCGUUCUUCCUCAUCUCGUAUGCGCUCUUCAGUUUCUUCAUUAGGAACCGGCUGCAUCUCUCAGAACCGCCGUUGGCAACACUGUUCGGCAUCGUCUUCGGCCCAUUCGGCGCAGGCGUCCUGCAACCUUCGAAAUGGGGCCUGGGGGACAGCUUCGUGCAAGAGUUCACCAGGAUCGUUGUCGGCAUUCAGUGUUUCGCUGUUGGCAUUGAGCUGCCGAAGUUCUACUUCAACAGGCAUUGGAAGAGCGUGGCUAUUAUGCUCGGCCCUGUCAUGACGUUUGGCUGGAUAGUCUGCGCAACUUUCAUCUAUUGGCUGUUCGGCACAGAUGUGCCCACGGCUCUGAUUAUCAGUGCCUGUCUCACGCCCACAGACCCUGUCCUCGCGGCAAGUGUGCUGUCGAACUCCCAGUUCUCGACACGUGUGCCCGCACGAGUCAGGCAUCUCCUCUCGGCCGAGUCUGGGUGCAACGAUGGCAUCUCGUUCCCCUUCGUCUACGUUGGUCUCUGUAUCCUGACCAAGGCGACCGUAUUCGGCUCUUUCAAGAAAUGGUUCCUCAUCGUCAUCCUCUGGCAAUGCAUCCUAGGCGUCUUCCUAGGCCUGCUCAUCGGCUGGUGCGCGAACCACAUCCUCCGCUUCUCUAGCGACCGACACUACGUCGGGCGAGCCUCGUACCUCGUCUUCUACCUCCUCCUCGCGACCUUCUCCAUCGGCGUCGCCAGCACCCUCGGCGUCGACGACUUCCUCGUCGCCUUCGGCGCCGGCUACGGCUUCGGCCGCGACGGCUGGUUCAGCGAGAAGAUCGCCGAGACCCGCCUCCCCAACAUCAUCGACCUGCUCGUCAACUCCAGCUUCUUCGUCUACUUCGGCGCCAGCAUCCCCUGGCAAGACUUCGGCAAGGCGCCCAAGCUGAACCCAGGCCUGCUGGUCCUGUUACUCGUGCUCAUCCUCCUGCUGCGCCGGCUACCAAUCGUGCUGGCCCUGCACCGCUUCAUCCCCGACAUCCACACGGUCCGCGAGGCGCUCUUCUGCGGGCACUUCGGCCCCAUGGGCGUCGGCGCGCUGUUCCUGGCCAUCGAGGCCCGCGCGCAGCUCGAGUCAGGGACCUCGGAGCCGGAUAACGACCACCCGCAUGAUCUGCCGCCGGAGCGCCAGCGCGCCGUCGAGAUGAUCUGGCCCAUGAUCUGCUUCAUUGUGCUGGGCUCGACGAUCGUGCAUGGGCUUUCGACGCUGCUUAUCAGUCUUAGUAGCCACUUUCUGAGGCCGAAGGGUGAAAGGGCGCCGCUGAUUGGGGGCGAGACGGACGCGUUUCAUGGGAUGUCGCAUGAGGAGGGGGAUGGGGAUAGUGCGGAGGAGAGCGAGGAUGACGUUGACGAUCGGAACGAGUCUGAGUGA